AUGACGAGAGUUUUGGCUGGACCAUACUGUACACAAAUUUUGGGAGACUUGGGCGCCGAGGUGAUCAAAGUCGAACAUCCCGUCCGCGGCGACGAUACCCGAGCAUGGGGUCCUCCCUACGCGACCUACAAAGCUGGCUCAUCUAAAGAAGGGCCCGGCGAAUCAGCCUACUUCCUAGCAGUAAACCGCAACAAGAAAUCCCUAGGCCUCAACUUCCAACACCCCUCCGGCACAGAAAUCCUCCACAGCCUCGUCUCAAAAUGCGACAUUUUCGUAGAAAACUACCUCCCCGGCACCCUCAAAAAGUACUCCAUGGACUACGACACCCUCCGCGCAAUCAACCCCGGCCUCAUCUACGCCUCCAUCACAGGCUACGGCCAGACGGGCCCUUACUCGGACCGCGCAGGCUACGACGUUAUGGUCGAAGCCGAGUUCGGACUGAUGCACAUCACCGGCAGCCGCGAAGGGGAACCCGUCAAAGUCGGCGUCGCCGUAACGGAUCUCACGACGGGGUUGUAUACGAGUAAUAGUAUCAUGGCGGCGCUGCUUGCGAGGGGCAGGACGGGGAGGGGACAGCAUAUUGAUGUGGCGUUGAGUGAUUGCCAGACGGCGACGUUGGCGAAUAUUGCGAGUAGUUGUUUGAUUAGUGGGAAGAAGGAUUCUGGACGGUGGGGGACGGCGCAUCCCUCGAUUGUGCCGUAUAAAUCCUUCAAGACAAAAGACGGCGACAUCCUCUUCGGCGGCGGCAACGACCGCCUCUACGGCAUCCUUUGCCAAGGCCUAAACAAACCAGAAUGGCAAAACGACGCAAAAUACGCCACAAACGCCAACCGCGUCGCCAACCGCGUCGAGCUCGAGGCGCUCAUCGAACAAGUCACAGUCACAAAAACGACGGCGGAGUGGUUGGCCGUCUUUGAGGGCAGGGGCAUGCCGUACGCGGCUGUGAAUGAUGUGCAGGGCACGCUGGAGCAUGAGCAUACGAAAGCGCGGAACAUGGUUGUCGAGAUGGAGCACGAAGAGUGCGGGCCGAUUCGGAUGGUGAAUACGCCGGUCAAGUAUUCGGAGAGCGAGCCUAGUGUUAGGAGUGUGCCGCCGACGCUGGGGCAGCAUACUGAUGAGGUUUUGGGGGGGCAUCUUGGGUUUUCGGAGGAGAGGAUUCGGGCUUUGAAGGGGGAGGGUGUGGUUGGUUAG